AUGCCGCCUGCUAUUGAGGAUGAUGAUGGUUCUGAUCAAGGAGGAUUAGGUCUUGAGGAGUCACUGGAUGCUGAAUUCAGCGAACCAGAGCUCCCUCUGCUCAAGCACACGCAAGCCCCGAAGGUGGUUGACGAUGUCAACAACCCCAAGCUCCCAGCUCUCAACCAUACACAAGCACCAACAGAAGCCCCAGCCAAAUCAGCAGAGACAGUGCCAGCUCGUGAAAGCACUGCCACUAGAGAUCCUAAAGAGGCCACGGAUAUAAACAAUUCGAAUAUGACAGUGUUGACCAUUCUUAACGCUGCAUCGCAUUGGGUUCCUCCAGGAACACAAACUUUGGGCCCCUCCGGCGUCAUGCCUACCAGCAUACUUAAUCUGGGUGUUGACGAUGGUGCUUCUAUCAAUACCAGUGGAGUGAGCAGCCCUACAGACAAACCUACCCGCCAGAGACAGGGAAAGAAGGUGUACCGUGGGAAUAUCGUGCAGCGUGGCGACCGAACCAACUCCAAAAGGCAAAUGAAUGAGCCUGAAAAUAACGAAGGCGCCUCAGACAAGGAUCGGUUUUCUCCUCGGGGAGGGCAAGAGGUUCUGGACAACGAGAGAGUGGUGCGUCAUGACCGAGCUGCUCACCCAUACGAAAAUACCAACCCGGAUAGCGAAAGCGACAAAAUAACUACCUGCCGUCACCGUAAGAGACAGAACCACAACAGCAGCAGCAAUAAUAUGCUAUACCAUAGCCAAGGCAGUGUCUCAAAACCUCAGGUGCAAUAUCAGUCGACCCAUGUCACCCGCAACAGCGAAGGCGUGGCUGGCAAGAAGCUGCACCAAUCGAGUACACAAGCGCAGAAAAAAAAACCUAAACACAAGCAUCGACACCAAUCUGCUGAGACCUCUGAUGCUGGCAAUGGCGAGAGUGAAAUGUACCAAUCUGACUCGGAUUCCAGUGUGCUACAUGAUGCGACACGUCAUACCCAAGGCCGGAAGAGAAAACGCAAUCCGGGCAACUCCCGCCCACCCGCCAUGGUGCUUGAGCCUUCAGAGGGUGCAUAUCAGGCACGCGAACUAGAUGUCAUACACCCGCUCUCCGUCAAUGGUCAAGCUGGGAUUGUGCUGCUGGAGGGUGUAACCGCAAGAACAGAUAGCCAGGCCAGACUCUUGGCCAUGCCUCGCAUGCGGGAGCUACGGGUCCGGUCGCAGCAGAAAAGUAUCAACCUGCGUGAUGAGCAUAACCGAGAGGCGGUAUUCGCCCAGGUGGUCGGUACCCUAUCUAAAGUUUGCUGCGAGCGUUGCGAAGCUAAAAAUGGGCCGUUCACUGAGUGUGUUGUGGUUGACAGAUAUUUCUACGGCGCCUGUGCGGGGUGCCGGUUCAACCGCAUGUAAUGGUGGGUGCACCAGAUAUGAGAAUCUAGCCAC